CCAAAGGACGUUUCGGUCAGGGUCUUCGGAUAAUUUGAACUGUUUCCCCGAUAAAAAGACCGCAGUUUUAAAAAUUGACUGAAGAUAAAAAAGACAUGCAGAAUCAGGGCUGAUAAGUUAAUGCGCUGGCAAUGAAAUAUAAGGAGCAAUAAACUUCAUAGAGGCCAUUAUUUUUUUUUAAAAAAGAGCUUGAGCAGAAAACCAUCUGGAUGCUCUGUUUGAGUAAACGGCGAAUGAAAAUAAUGAUGGCGUUGAAGGUGGCCCUCAUCAUGCUGGCUAUCCUGCCAGGUAGUCACCAGGCAGAAACGAUUCAUUUUGUACCAGCUAGCUCCUUGAAUUUGACCGUUCCAGCUGGUGCUAAGGUUAGGGAGCCUGUGACCCUUCAAGUUUCAUUGCAGCAGUCGCUCAACACCAUAGGACCACAUUUUUUGAGUGUAACUCUGGACACCCAUCUUGUGCAAACCAACUGGUCAACGUUUGACUUGAGAUCCACAAAAGUGAAAAACCUUGCCCAUGCUCUGUCACCAAGCUACCUCCGGUUUGGAGGCUCAAUGGCAGAUUCCUUGUAUUUUCAGUCUCCGCAUGGAGUGGCAGAAAAAAUCGUGCACGCUACAAAUCGUCCACUCUUUAAUAUGACAGCCAAACAGUUUGAUGACAUUAUCUUGUUUGCUCGCACGGUUGGCUGGGAUUUUAUCAUGGACCUGAAUGUACUCAAUCGCUUCCCAAACGGCUCUUGGAAUCCUACCAAUGCUCGGGAGUUUCUUCGCUAUGGAUCAGAGAAAAACUAUUCCAUUGUUGGUUUUCAGCUUGGAAAUGAGUAUGAUCUCUUCCCUGAUCACGACAACUACACCCUAUCUCCAAGUCAGAUGGCAAAGGAUGUGUCCACUCUGAAGAAUUUACUGACAGAGUUCCCUUUGUACUCUAGUUCUUUCAUUGUUGGCCCAGAGACAGCAACAAACAGAAAUAAUUUUUUCCACAGUUUUCUUGCUGAUGGUGGAGCCGCAUUGGUGAGGGCCAGUAGCCUGCAUCAUUACUACAUGAAAGGAUCAACUGCCAUUCUUAAGAAUUACACUGAUGUUGUUGUGAUGAAUCGACUUGUAGGCUUUCUGCAGUCUGCAUUGUCUCAGACCCGUUCUGUGGAACCAGAUCUUCCACUGUGGUUAACAGAGACCUCUUCAGCAUACGGGGGAGGCACACACAAUAUUAGUGACAGAUUUGUGGCAGGGUUUUUAUGGCUUGACAAGCUUGGUGUGUCAUCUAAUAUGGGUGUAAAAGUAGUCAUCCGUCAGGCUUUCUAUGGUGGUAACUACGCGCUAAUCGACACACACCUUAAUCCAAAUCCAGACUACUGGCUGACACUCCUGUUCAAGCGCCUUGUCCGUGGUCCAGUGUUCAAUGUCAAAGGAGCCAGUGAUGUGAGAAUGUAUGCAGCAUGUGCCAAUCCAGCCAGCUUUAGACAAGGAGCGCUGGUAAUCUACUUGCUGAACCCCAACAACUACUUUGUGCCCUUCAAUCUACCCCAGUUUCCUCACGAAGUGUAUCACUUAUACAUUCUGACAGCAGGGGACAGUGAUGGUCUUUUGUCAAAGUUCUCUGCAUUGAAUGGGAAGAAGCUGCAGAUGAAUGGAAAUGACCUGCCUGACUUGCCCGCUGUGACUCAGAAGCAAGGCCGAGUUAUAAUGCCACCAUAUUCUUUUGGCUUUGUGGUGUUACCUGAUGCUGAUGUAACACUUUGCCGUGAUCUUUAAAAACAGGCGCGUUUGUGUGUUUUGGUUGUUGUUUUUUUUUGUCACUGCGCUGUUACAAAAUUCCUGUACCCUUAGGAUAACCUUUGUCAUCGGCUGUCCGAGGGAUCGAGGAACCAAUUAAAACCAUUGACUUAACUUUGAAAAAG